UCCCUCUUACGUACCAAGUGGAAGGAAGCCGGCAAGCUCUGAAAGUUGUCUUCUACAUGGAUAGUUACCAUUUUGAGCAGCUGCCCCAACGGUUGAAGAAUGGAGGCGGGUUUAAAAUUCACCCUGUCCUCUUUUCACAAGCACUGGAGAGCAUGGAAGGAUAUUGUUAUAGAGACAACAUCUCCGUGGAAGAGUUUCAAGCGCAGAUAAACACAGCCUCCCUGGAAAAGGUCAAACAGUACAAUCAGAAGCUCAGGGCAUUCUACUUGGACAAGUCAAAUUCCCCACCGAAUGCCACAUCUAAAGCUGCCUACGUAGAGAAGCUCAUGAGGCCUCUCAAUGCUUUAGAUGAGCUUUACCGGCUGGUCACCUCGUUUAUCAGAUCCAAGCGCAUCGCUGCCUGUGUGAACACACCUUGCAGCGCCUCUGGUGUCGGACUGCUGUCAGUUUCUUCGGAGCUGUGCGACAGGCUCGGUGCCUGUCACAUCAUCAUGUGCAGCAGUGGUGUGCACCGGUGUACCCUGAGUGUGACACUGGAGCAAGCCAUCACUCUAGCAAGAAGCCACGGGCUCCCUCCUAGGUACAUUAUGCAGGCCACAGAUGUGAUGAGAAAGCAGGGUGCAAGAGUUCAGAACACAGCUAAGAACUUGGGGGUUAGAGACCGGACUCCUCAGUCAGCUCCGAGGUUGUAUAAGCUGUGUGAGCCACCACCUCCAGUAGGAGAAGAAUAAGCAUUCCCAGGAGCCACGAGACAGAUGCUUCCAAAUGCUGGCCAAGUCAACAUUCUCCCCUGAAGACAAAGAAUUGCAUAUUUAAGAAGCAAAGGUUUCCCAUGGUGUAAAUAACUGAUGUUUGGUUUGGAUAUUUAUACUGGAACUAGAAGUUCCUUAAGACAGUUCAGCCUCACAUUCUAGAAAUAUUAAAAUUACAGAUUCAUAUUAGCAUAAAAUUCACUGCUCAGAUUUGUAGGAAAAUAUACAGAGAUAAAAGAUUUAACUAUUUUGGUUCCUUUCUCAUUCAUUAAUUAUAUUGUAUUUGUUUUUAGCUUCCCUAGUGGUCAGAUAUAAUAUUGGUAGUUUUUCUUGAAAAAGUCUGUCACUAAAAAUGAUUGCCACACUCUGGAAACAGUCAUACAAAAAUGUUAAGAACAGUGUAGAUGGGGAGUUACAGGUGUCCCAUCUCCCACUGGUGCCACCUAGAAGUGCACAUGUGGGAGGUAGGAACAUACACACCUCCCUUUCUUCUAAGACUUCCUGGUAAUGGAGAAAGCUUUGAGGUCCUGGUAAGACUUUUCUUACUCUUGUCAUAUGUACUCCCUGGCCAUGAAAACACUCCAGCAGGCAGGUGCUUUUCUUGAUCUCUUCAGUGAGCCACGAAUCCUGGGUGAUGUACCAUUGAUGGCUGUGUACAGGGAGUUGCCAGGUUGGGGAGAUGAGAGGAGC